CAGGGAGAGGAGAGGAGAGGAGAGGAGGGGCACUGAGGCACAGUCUGACUGGGAGCUUGUUACUCCUUUCAUUCCAAACUUCCAACACUUUUACAUUGUAAUACUUUGUGUGUUCCACCGCUGACAUGUCGACCACCGGCAGCUCCCCGGUCUGUGACGGGAUGUACUCCAAACUGAUAGACGACGAGGGCGCAUAUGACGAUGUGAACCGCAGGCCAGAUGUGGGACCCGGCGCUCACCCAGUCAAACUGAUCCCCAGGCCGAGCAGCCCCGGGGUCUACCGCCUCGCCACCAUCUGCCUGGCUACGCUGUGCGCUGUCCUGCUGAUCGUUAUCAUAGCCGUCACAGCACACUAUAAGAACAAACCUCAGAGCGGUGGUGAAGCCGCAUCAGAGACGCAGAAGCAGACACAGAACGCCAACGUGUCGGCUCUGACCGCCUCCAUCAGCAAACUGCAGCAGGAGAAAAACCAGCUCCAGAAAGAGAAGGACGAGCUGCAGGCCAAGCUGGCUGCCAAGAUGGCCACUAAAGCUCCUGAGGUGAUCAAACCGACGACGAAGGCGCCCAUCGUCUGCCCCAUGGACUGGCAUCUCUUCAACGACCACUGUUACUUCAUCUCCAGAACCACAAGGGAUUGGCCCGAGAGCCAGUCGUACUGCCAGAGCAAAGGAGCUUACCUGGCCAUCAUCCACACGGCCGAGGAGCAGACGUUUCUGUGGGAUCUUCUUCCCAGAGGCCACUGGAACGCCUUCUGGUUUGGGAUCAGUGACGAGCACACAGAGGAUCAGUGGAAAUGGGUGGAUGGUACCCCGCUGGUCGGAGGGUUUUGGGAGGUCGGCGAGCCCAAUAACCACAUCAACGAGGACUGUGGCUAUAUUGUGAAAACACAAGUGUUGGAGCGAGUGGCGAUCCGGAGCUGGUACGACGCCCCCUGCACCAUGUACUGGCCCUUCAUCUGUGAGAAGGAGAUGGGCGCUGGCGCCAGCACCGCCAUACCACACUGAGACGUCAGCGCCGCCGCUCUGAUCGACUGAGGAAAACAAUAAACGCGAAGGUGGAUGUUUCAGCCUGAGAGGAAGACUGAAGGCAGUAAUCAGGGCUGAAUGUAGUACUGCCAGUAUAUCUGUUUAGUAUCAUUAGUAUCAGAUUAUAAUUGAAAUGCUCUACCGAUGAUAAAUCACCUGCAAUAGAUUGUAUAACUGUAUAGAAAGUGCUAAACUGGAGGUCAGAAGCCUUGGAGGACGACUGUGGUGCUGCUUUAGGUUACCAAAGGUUGCAUGUGUAUCUGUGCCUUAUACCACAUAAAUAAUAUCAGAUUUUUUUACAUGAUUCUGUUUUGUUUUUUGUUUGUUUUAAAGAUCAGGGAUUCGUUGAUUGUUUUUACAUGUGAAAUGAGCUUAUUAGUAAUGAAUAGUGUUUAUAAUAGAUUUAUGUUAACUGUACAUAACUUGAAAAGUGUCAUGAUGCUGAUAGUGCGUGAUUGUGUGACGUCACCACUUCAGUAAGAAUGAUCAGUUUGAGUUUGAUGCACUUUUAAGAUGCCAAAGUUUUCAUACUUUUUUUUAGUUGCUCAGUUGAUUUAAUUUUUUAAAAAAUGCAACAUAAAUCAAAUGUUUGAAAUUAUGCACAAAUGUAUCCUGUGGAUCUUGUAAAUAAAUAAAUAUAAUUGUUUUGUAUCUUAA